AUGGAUGAGGAGGAGCUACCACUGUACUGUACAGGGGGCCUGCGCUUCUUCUGGGACAACAAGUUUGACCAUGCCAUGGUGGCCUUCCUGGACUGUGUGCAGCAGUUCAAGGAGGAGGUGGAGAAGGGAGACACGGGAUUCUGCCUGUCCUACAGGAUGGAUGUCGAGAAGGGCAAGAUUGAGGACACAGGAGGCAGCGGCGGCUCCUACUCCAUCAAGACCCAGUUCAACUCAGAGGAGCAGUGGACCAAGGCACUCAAGUUCAUGUUGACCAACCUCAAGUGGGGCCUGGCGUGGGUGUCGUCUCAGUUUUACAACCGAUAGAUGAGGACUCACCCUGGGUGUGCCCAUUGACCCUUCUAAAACCACCCUUUCGUCACAAUGUGUGACUCUCAAAAGUUCUUCUUCUACAAUGCUCUCCUUGCUUCCCUAUGAUGUUUCGAGAGGGUGGGGAGAAGACUGGAGGAAGGACUUUUGAGAUUCACCACUGGU